AUGGCGUCCCAACUCCUUCCUUUGGAAUUGAUCGAUAAGUGUGUGGGAUCGAGAAUCUGGGUCGUCAUGAAGGGUGACAAAGAAUUCUCCGGCACAUUACUUGGAUUCGACGACUACGUCAAUAUGGUUCUGGAAGAUGUGACUGAAUUCGAUUACUCUGGCGCACAGGUCAAGCUUCCUAAGAUCCUGCUAAACGGGAACAAUAUCUGCAUGUUAAUUCCUGGCGGCGAGGGACCAGUUGGCAGCUCCUGA